AUGGCAAGCGACUUCAAGAUUGAGCCUCUGGCUCAUCCUUCGGGGAAGACAUGCAAGUUCGGAGCUGUCGUCACUGGCCUCGAUUUAAACCAGUUUACAGACGAAACGGUAGUGCAGUUGCAGAAAGCGACCUGGGAGCACAAGCUUCUUAUCAUCAAAGGCCAAAAGGACCUGGAACCGAAGCGUGGCUGGGAGUUACUGCAGAAGCUUGACCCAGACUCCAAGAAGAUAGAUAACACCACGUUCGCCAGGGCAUUUUACCCAAAAGAUGGCAUAGUGGCAGCCAUCAACUAUGUCGAAGUUCCGGAAGCGGGUGCUUUCGUGUUCAUCGGCAAAGGCCCUCAAGACGACCCAAAAUACGGCAAGCCUGGUCUUAACAUGGGCGAUACCAACUUCAACCAGUACUACCAGAAGCCGCUCGCGGAUGCAGACUUUGAAGCCGGGAAGGCCCGCUUCCAUUGGUGGCAUGUGGACGGCACCUACUGGAAGUAUGAUCCCCCGACCUUCACCAUGCUCCGGCCUAUCAAGUUCCCAACGGAAGGCAAGAGCACGCAGACAGUGGAGUGGGCUGACGGCUCUGGUCAGAGCAUGGAAGUCAAGCCAGGACGAACAGCGUUUGUAGAUGUCGAGCAAUUGUAUGAUAUGCUGAGCGAUGACGAGAAGAAGACGGUGGACCACAGCUGGGUUGAGUACAUGUAUUGGCCUUAUGAAAAGAUCAAGGGCUGCCGUGGUGCUCCAAAUGGCCUAGGCGUCGCAAACGAGGGCAGGGAACUGCCGGACGAAGAGGUAGAGGCGCAUGAGAAAGGAAACAAAGAUUGGCAGAAAAAGCUUCCGUUGGUCUGGGUCAACCCCGUCACCGGUAAGAAGUCAUUCCAGGUGCAGCAUAACCUUGCCCGUAGGCUGUUCAUCCGUAACGGCCCGAAUGACACACCCAAGGUCAUCGAUGACUUGGGUGAGGUCAGGAAGUUCUUGGAUAACAUCCAAGGAAGGAUGAUUAAGCCCGAACACAUCUGGGUGGGUCCCGAGGAAGAGCACGAUAUCCUCCUCUUCCAGAACUACGGCCUCUUCCACACCAAGAUCGAUUACCCAGCCAGUUGGGGUGUCAGGACGGUGCAUCAGGGUUGGUUGCCUGGUGGCAAGCCACCUGCCGGGCCAAAUGUGAUUGAAGGUAGCAAAUUCAAACCUCGAUCUGAUGUCAACUACAUCGAUCAGAGUGACAUCAGCAACUUGACUGCACAACUGGGUCUUGAAAAGAGGCAAGCUGGCUGCGGUGGUCGCCCGAGCGGUGUCAGCGGAAUUGCCAUCUGCGGCCCUGAUUUUGUCAACAUGGGAGACAAGGGUUGGGGACCUGCACUUGCAGCAAUGCCUCAAUGGAACCACGCCCGACUCAACGAUUUCGAAAGGCCCUGCUACCCCGAGAGUGCCGCUGAUGCGAAUGGAGACGGCCCAGCCCCAGGCGUCUCGGCAGAUGCCUCAGAUGGCGUUGCUGUUGGUAGGUGUCGCGGCGAUCCAAUUCUCUCCAUGACGAGGAGUCUAAUCGGCAAUGACAGGAAGUAA